CUUUGGGUUCCGGUUUGUGCAGCGCGGAGUAGAGAGGAGGCGGGGAGGGAGGGGUCAGACACUGAAAGAAAAGUUUGCAACAACAACAAAAAAAAAGCAAUGGACGAAGUUUGUAAAGACUCGCCUGACUUAUUAGGGGAAAUAAUGCGGAGAGAGCAUGAUUUAAGGACAACUCCGAGGAGACUGCUGGUCUACCUGUCGAUCUCUGACUGGCUGUCCGCCGUCUCCUACGCUUUCGGAGUCUGGAGGGUUUUCCACACCGACUCGCUGGACUGCGUCGCUCAAGGAGCCAUAUCUACUUUCGCCAACACCAGCUCCUUUUUCUGGACCGUGGCCAUUGCUGUUUACCUGUACGUUUUUAUCGUAAGGUCUAGCCAAAGAGUUGCUGACAGCUUGGUGUUGUUUUUCCACCUUGUCAGCUGGGGUGUUCCUCUGGCCAUCACUGUUGCAGCCGUUUGCCUGAACAAGAUUGGCUACGAUGCGUCCGAGGUGUCGGUGGGCUGGUGCUGGGUCAGCAUCCACGCUCCUGACCGGGUUCUGUGGAUGCUGCUGACUGGAAAGAUCUGGGAGUUCUUGGCUUACCUCACCCUGCCCGUCCUCUACAUCCUGAUCAAGAGGCACAUCCACACAGCGCAUGCUGCCCUGUCCGAGUACCGUCCCAUCUUGGCCAACAGGCCUCCGUCACACUCCUUCUCCUCCAUGGCGGAUAUGAAGCUAACACUUAUUCCCAUCAUUUUCAUCGUCCUGCGCAUUUGGAGCACAGUGCGCUUCAUACUGCUGCUAGCCGGCUCUUCAGUCAGACAGAACCCAGUGCUGGUCACUCUACAUGGAAUUGGCAACACCUCGCAGGGAGCAGCCAACUGCAUCAUGUUUGUAUUGCUUACUCGGCCAAUCCGCACACGCCUCUGUGCCGCGCUCUGCUGCUGCUCCAAGAGUCGAGCGGACAUGCAGCACUCGCAUGACGCCCCUAACAGGCUGCUGCCGGGACAGGACACCUCCACACAGAGAGAAGAAGACAACACCAGUCGAGUCGGGACUGAUAGAGGAUAUUCUGUGGAUUAGAAGAUAAACAAAGGUUAACAUUAAGGGCGUGGUGGAGGUCUCUGCUUCACAUUGAGCCUCAAGUGCCUCCUGAGAGAUGUUGGAGAUUCUGCAGGUGCUUGCACAUCUGUGUCACAGCAAAAGUCACAUGUCUGCACUUUGGGUGAUGAGGAUGCUGCUGUAUGGUUGUGCACCAGCAUUUGGUAAAGCAUUUUGAGUGUUGCAUACUGAACAUGUUGCAUAUGAGUAUUGUAGUUUCAUAGAUGUGCUGUACGUCACACUUCACAUUAUCACAUUAUCACUUUAAGUUGUUCUUUGUUGAUGUUAUCUGAUUGCAUUUUAAAUAGCUGUACACUCCGUGUAAGACAGUUUAGCAGCUUUAUUUAUCAUGUACUGUGUGAAUUCACUUGCAUUCUGAGGUUAUCACUGUGAAAUGAAUGUUCAGGUUUUAUCUUGUUCCACUGAGUUUUCAAGUAUUGUAUUUAUGGUGGGAAAUGACCUACAUGUUAGUGCCUGUACAGCAUUCUCACUUUAGGUGAUAAACAUAAUUGUCACUGAUAUGGAACUUUCCCAGAAAGCUUUAAGUGAGAACCCACCCAAAAUCGUAUCUUUAGACUAUCAAAGUCUGUUAGCUUGAAAGAUGGCCGCAAAAUGUUUGUGGUCAGCUUGAGUUCAUGUUAGAGUGGAUUCACUCAGUACUUUACUUCUCUGCUUAGUCAUUGUUUUGCUAUAAUAUGGCUAAAUACAAGGCCAAUACAGAGCUGUGGAGCUUUGAGAAAGUUGAGCAGCACAACAUGGAAGCAGCGCAUGGUGAAUCAAAUAGUUUUUGUAACAUACUAAGUAGUACAUGAAUGAAAAAGAAGGAAAGGAUGCUGGAAGUGUGAUUUGAGAAGCUUCAAUUUGUGUUUUGAUAUUUAUUUUUCCAAAGUGAAAACCUGUUUCGGUUACAAUCCAUUGUAACUUGGCAUGAACUCAUGCUGACCACAGCUGCUGUUCUGUUUAGUGAGGAAAUUCCAGUUUUUUUACAGCUUACAGCUACACUUUGUGUUUGUUUACAUUUUGGAUAUAUUAUUCAUUUAAUAUGUUCUGCAAUGUAACUUUAAUAUCAAAUUCCAACUUUAUAUCCAGUAUAACUUUGGGUAUGUUUAAAAGUUUUGUGUGCAAGAAACUUGAUAAGAAUAGUAAAUUACAUGAUAUAAGCACAGUUUUCUGUAUGUGGUCAAUUCACUUAGAUAUGUUAAAAGUUACAUUCAAAUAUAAAACAUUCUCCUAUGAUGCACA